CAGCAAGUUACCAAUUUAUACCCCACCUGCUCUCAGGUUCAGAAGCAGCCUGGCAAGCAACUGAAGACCAAUGAAGAGCCCAGCCCCUGCCCACAUGUGGAACAUUGUGCUGGUCCUGCCCUCGCUGCUGGCUGUGCUUCAGACCACCACUGCCAAAAAGAAUGGCAUCGAUAUCUACAGCCUCACAGUGGACUCCCAAGUGUCUUCCCGAUUUGCCCAUACUGUGGUUACCAGCCGGGUGGUCAACAGAGCCAACUCUGUUCAAGAAGCUACCUUCCAAAUAGAGCUACCCAGGAAAGCCUUCAUCACCAACUUCUCCAUGGUCAUCGAUGGUGUGACUUACCCAGGGAUUGUCCAAGACAAGGCUGCAGCCCAGGAGCAGUACAGUGCAGCAGUAAGCCGCGGAGAGAGCGCUGGCCUCGUCAAGACCGCUGGGAGACAGACAGAGCAGUUCGAAGUGUCAGUCACUGUGGCCCCUAAUGCCAAGAUUACCUUUGAACUGGUAUACCAGGAACUGCUCAGACGGCGACUGGGAACAUAUGAGCUACUCCUCAAAGUGAAGCCACAGCAGCUGGUCAAGCACCUUCAGAUGGAUAUCCACAUCUUCGAGCCUCAGGGUAUCAGAUUGCUGGAGACAGAGAGUACCUUCAUGACCCAGGAGCUGGCAGACGCCCUUACCACCUCACAGAACAAGACCAAGGCACAUAUCCGGUUCAAGCCAACACUUUCCCAGCAACAAAAGUCUCAAAAUGAGCAGGACACAGUCCUGGAUGGGAACUUCAUCGUCCGCUAUGAUGUGGACCGGUCUGUCUCUGGGGGCUCCAUUCAGAUUGAGAACGGCUACUUUGUGCACCACUUCGCCCCUGAGGAUCUUCCUACAAUGCCCAAGAAUGUGAUCUUUGUCAUUGAUAAAAGUGGAUCUAUGUCAGGCAAGAAAAUCCAGCAGACUCGAGAAGCCCUAAUCAAGAUCUUGAAUGACCUCAGCCCCAAAGACCAGUUCAACCUCAUUGUGUUCAAUUGGGAAGCAACCCAAUGGGCAUCAUAUCUGGUGGAAGCCUCAGAAGAGAACUUGAAAAGGGCCACAGAGUAUGCUUCCAAGAUCCGUGCUCAAGGAGGGACCAACAUCAACGAUGCAAUGCUAUUGGCUGUGAAACUGCUAGAUAGCAGCAACCAGGCUGAGCUACUGCCCUCGGGGAGUGUCUCCCUUAUUAUCCUGCUCACGGACGGUGAACCCACUGAAGGGGAGACCAAUCCCGCAAAUAUCCGGAAGAAUGUACAGGAAGCCAUCAACGACCAGUACAGCCUCUUUUGCUUGGGCUUUGGUUUUGAUGUCCACUAUUCUUUCCUGGAGAAGCUGGCACAGGACAAUGGUGGCCUGGCCCGGCGCAUCUAUGAGGACUCAGACUCUGCACUGCAGCUCCAGGACUUCUACCACGAAGUAGCCAACCCGCUGCUGUUGUCGGUGGCCUUUGAAUACCCCAGUAAUGCCGUGGAGGUGGUCACGCAGGACAACUUCCGACACCACUUUAAGGGCUCAGAGAUGGUGGUGGCUGGGAAGCUCCAGGACCAGGGUCUUGAUGUCCUCUCAGCCAAAAUCAGUGGGCAGAUGCAUAAGCAGAACAUCACCUUCCAAACGGAAGCCAGAGUAGCCCAAAAGGAGGAGGAGUUCCAGAGCCCCAAGUACAUCUUUCACAACUUCAUGGAGAGACUCUGGGCAUUACUAACCAUACACCAACAGCUGGAACAGAUGGUCUCAGCAUCAGGUGAUGAGUUAAAGGCCCUUGAGUCCCAAGCUCUGAAUUUGUCACUCAAAUACAGUUUUGUCACUCCUCUUACACAUAUGGUGGUCACCAAACCUGAAGGCCAAGAACAAUUUCAAGUUGCUGGGAAGCCAGUGGAAGCUGAUAAUGGACUAAGGAGUGUCUUAAGAGGUCAAGCCCAUUUUUUCAAGUCUCGUGCCAGAAGACCUGGACCGCUCCAACCAGCAGUAGGAACUAAGUUCCGCAAGGACCCAAAACUGGAUGAUGCUGGCACUGCACUUAGAGAACACAAAUUUCCUGGACUUCGUGGACCCCCUGGUGAUCUUUACCUUACUGCUAGCUUUGUUGGCUUCAAUCCCAGCCUGAAUCGUUUAAUGGGAAGGAUACCAGACCAGCCUCACUUAUCAACAGCAGCUCCUGUGGUUUCAAGUCAAGCUGUGUUACAAAGCACAAAGAAAACAGAUAAAGACAGCACCAUUCCGGAUGAACUCCCACAGCCAGCCCAAUCCCAGCAUUUUCCUAUCAUCUUGCCGCUUCCUGGAUCCAGUGUGGACCAGCUCUGUGUGGAUAUACGUUCUAGGGAGGCUUUGAAGCUGUUUGAAGACCCUGAGCAGGGGCUUUUUGUUGCUGGUGAGUAUGGGAAAGGCGGGUUCUCAUGGAUCAAAGUGAACAUCCAGAAGCCUCACCUGCAUAUCCACGCAACCCCUGAACGCUUGGUGGUGACACGGGACCGAAAAAACUCUGAGUACAAAUGGAAGCAGACACUGUUCUUUGUAUUACCUGGCUUGAAGAUGACCAUGGACAAGAUGGGACUCCUACGGCUCAGUGGCCCAGACAGAGUGGACAUUGCCCUCGUGCCCAUGGAUGAGCCUCAGAAGGGACUGAUGCUCCUUGUGCAUGACACUCAACACUUCUCCAACCGCACUUAUGGGGAACUCGGUCGGUUUUACCAGGGUAUCAUCUGGGAUCCACCAGUUGGAUCAGAUGACACAAUACGGACACUCAGAGUUCAGGGAACAGAGUACUCUGCUACCAGACAGCUCAGAUUGAAAUACCAGGAAGGGUCCAAGGGAACAGAUAUUUCCUGCUGGACUGUGAAGAUAUAGGAAGAGUAUUCCCUGCCAUGCUGCCGUUGUAUGCAGACACAUGCCAACAGAGCCACCAGUGAGGCCUAGAUCUCAAUGGAGAAGAGGAUUCUCACUUACCAGCAAUAAAGAAGGGUGGUGUGAACCCAGGGACUUGGUGU